CGAGUCCGAGUUGUCCGCUGUCACUUGCCAAAUUCGAAGUGAUGAUGUGUAAUUCUGUGUUUGUUGCAUUCGUUUACUACGGAAAAUAGCGAAUAUUCAGCGUUAAAAGAGAAUAUGUUUUUGCCGUUGUGACUAAAGGUGAAUAAGGAUUAAAGCGAGCAGCUAGACGGAGAAGUAGGAACCAUGUCGGGAUACGAUCCAGGCGGCGGUGGAGAAUCCGGAACGGGGUCGACCCCGGAUCUGACCAGUCUGCAGGAGAACUUCAAUCAGCAGCAGGCCAAGAUCACCGCGCUGCGAGAGCUGGUCCGCCAGACGGAGAGCGCACAGGGUAAGAAGACGGCAUCCGCGCAGGAGAAGGUCAAGAACAUUGCCCAGCGCCUGACGCAGUACAAAACCAAGGCGACCAAGUCUCGCCUAAGUCGUGCCUCCAGUUCCGAAGUGCAGCAAGAUCUGCUGGCCACCCGAAUCAACGAGGAGAGCUUCGACAUCACCGGGGAGGAGUAUGAAGAGCAGCAGCACAUGUCCCUGCCAGUGAUGCCGGCUUCGGUGCCGAUCCGGGCCCGAUCGGAGACUCCCGGAAGCGAAAAGAUCAACCUUCUGCGCCAGCAGAUGGAACAGAACCGGCUGAAGAUGGCCGCCAGGGAGAGCCACAAGCGCGAGAUGGAGGAGCGGGUGAUCGAGCUGAAGCACAAGCUGGAAAGCACCCAGCAGACGCUGGAACGGUCGGUGGAAUUCGGGCGGUCAACUGGGGACCUAACUCUGCUGACGCCCCUCAAGAUGGGACGGUUCGAGUUCAACAGAUCGACCUCGGAUUUGAUGCAAUUGGUCGGGAGUGGAGUCAGUUCUAAUUUUGAUGUUGAACGUCUGAACUACCUGGAAGGUCGGGUUAAGGUUCUGGAGCAAGAGUUGGCUGCGAAAGAGAGCCAAAGGGUUCCGGAAAAGGACGAAGUUGUACAAGGUCUGGAGCGAAAGAUAUUGGAUUUGGAAGAGGCUCUGAAGGAGAAGGAGUGCGUUAUCGAAGCUCGAACGCAAGCCGUUUCUCUGAUGUCGGAGAAUCUAUCCCUGAAGGGCAAGAAUACAGUUGAUUUGCUGGAGGAUACUAAGCAGGAAAUGUACCGAAUGCAAUCCAACUUUGUGCAAGCCGAGUCCAACAUGAAAGCCGAACUGGACCGUCUCCAAGUCGAAUUGGACGAAAGAAAAAGCAAGAUCUCCAACCUGGAAGAGAUGAACAACAUUUUGGAGACGGCUCGUUACGAUCUGACCGUUGAAAACGCCAGCCUCAAGCAGAAGCUUGAGGACGUUCAAGACUUCAGCACCAAGAUCAGCGAGCUGAACAAGCUCAACCAGAGUCUACAGCAUCGCAUCACCGAACUGGAGAGCCAAAAGUACGAAUUCAUCACCGACGCCGAGGCCGAGCAGGCCAAAUUUGGCGCCAGCGACGAAAAGUACCAGGAACUGCUCGAUCGCAUCCACGAACUCGAGGAAGAACUCUCGCGCAAGGCCGCUCCCCAGGAGGACCUCCUGGAGAAGAUCCGCUCCCUCGAGGCCACCAUUCAAGCCCAGAAAGAAGAAAUAGAGACCUACAAGCAACAGCAGGCGGAACUUCAGGAGAAUCUCCAGGAGAAAACGGUCGAACUAAACGUCCUGAACGCAAACUUCUCCGUCCUCCAGGAGAAACUGAAGAACGCCGGUCCCAAACCCCUCUUCCCCAAAUCUGCCGAGGAGGAAGCCGAAGUCGAGAACUCCAAGCUCAAGCAACAACUAGACGAAGCCAACAAGAGCAUGAUCAAGUCCAAGCUGAAGAUCAAGCAGCUCCAAAAGCAGGUAGACUCCUUCAAAAAGACCUCCGCUGUCCACGAGGAGGUCGUCCGCCUCACCGACGAGGUUCAAACCCUGACCCAGCGCCUCGCCGAAGUCGAAGAGGAAAAGGGCAACCUCCAACUCCAUCUGGUCAACUACGACGGAUCCCUACCGGACUCCGAACUGGAAAAGCGAAUCAAAAUCCUGGAAACAACCUGCCAGAAUCAAACCACCGCGAUCCAGCUGCUCGAAGAGCAGAAGAUCGACAUGACCGAAGACCUUAACUCGACCAAAACUCAACUGGAGCGGAUGCGUGAUCAGGUCAAGGAGCACCAGGACCAAGCCGACCAGUCCGGAACCGUGAUCUCCGAUCACAUGUCCUCGAUCGAGACGGAGGAACAGCUGGAGAAGUGCGUCGCGGAUCGGGACCGAUUAGUCGAGCAGGUCCAUCAACUGGAGGAGGAACGGGUCGAGUUGCAGCAGAAGCUCGAUCGGUACGUGGUGGAGAAUAUGGAACUGUUGGAUAAGAUCGAGAAGCUCAGUCUCGAGAAGGUCAGUUCGGCGGAGUCGAUCGAGAUCGUGGAGGGGCUGACGGCGAAGGAGAAGCAGGAGAUCGAGAGCUUCGAGAAGGCGUGCCGGAAGCAGCAGCUGGCGGAGCCGCCGGGCGGUGUCGAUGAGGUGGAUAGAGAUCGUCCCUCGAACGACGAAGAUGACGACGACGAUGGACCCCUGCAAGUACAUUCCGAACGACGUGAUGAACCGACGACCGGCGACAGCGAAGGCGAAGAUCCCAACUCGUGCCAGGCAAAACAGCGCGAGGAACAGCACAGCGAACUGAUGCACAAGAUCGAACUGUUCACCAAUGAGCGACGCGAGGUUCUGGAAAAGUUGGAAGCCCUGACGGUGGAAAAUCAAACCCACAUCGACGAGUUGGAUCAACUGCGCGAGGAACAUCAGGAACUGGUGCAGAAGCAUGUUGCCUUGGAGAAGGUGGAACAGGAGUUGAAGGCUUCGCUGACGAAGACCGAACAGGAGAAGGCCAGUUUGGUGGAAGAGUUGGAAGCGGCAAAAACGUUGAAGGCGAAAUUGGAAAGUGAAGCAGGCUCGACGCCUAGCUCGAGUCAGAGUACGCCCUCGAAGGCAGCGGCAUCAGUGAUCGACAAGGACUCGUUUGAGCAAGCGCUACGUUCGGUGGACAACGAAGUCACUAACUACAACAAGAACAAGGACAAGACCAAGAAGCUGCAGAUUUCGAAGAAACUGUCGUCUGAUGCGAAGAACCUGCAAAAGAUGGCGAACAGCUUGCUGGAAGAGUACUACAGGAACGUGGCGGAGUGUGAGGCAAUGAAGAUGGAGAUCGAGCAGCUGAAGGAUAAGGUGCAGCGAUUGCCGGAGGUGGAUCGGAGCGAUGAGAUCAAUGGGCUGAAGGCGCAAAUCAUGGAAAUGACGCAUGCGCAGAUUGACAAGGUGGACCAAAUAGAUCAGCUGCGGGAAGAUCUGGAGAGGAAGAACGAGGAGAUUGGCGAGUUGAAGCGUGAGAUGGAGGCAGCGCGCGAGGCGGAAAAGUCGUCGGAUGAAGAACCGGAACUGUUGAAGGUGGAGCUGAACAGUAGGAACGAUGAGAUAAGGGAGCUCAAGAAGGAACUGGAACUGUUGGGGGUGAAGAAAGCGGGCGAGAUUGAAGAAGCCCAGGCGAAGUUGGUUGCAGCGACUAAGGAAAUUGAGAUUCUGAAGGAGUUGGUAGCCGAGCAGAAGCAGCAGCUGAUAGAGACGUAUCAAGAGCAUGAGAAUGAGAUGGCUGGUAAACUGAAGGAGAUCCAGGACUACGAGAAUCAAGCGCAGAAGAUGGCGGAUCAGGUGGAAGAUCUGAAUCGCCAAUUGGUUGAGGUGGGUGAGAAAUGUUCGAACGACAUGAAACGGCAAGUGGAGGAGCUGAAAUCGUUGACGCAGAAGCAAUCCGAUGAAAUUGAGCACAAGCAGGAAACCAUCGAUACGCUGAACAAUCAGAUCAUUGAACUGUACAAAUCGAUGGAGGACAAUGCUAACAAGAUCAUCGAGAAGGAAGAUGAAGUGCAAUAUCUGCAGGAACUGCUUGAAUCAAAGAAGGAUGAAAUUCAAAUGCUGUACGAGAAGCUAACGGUAGCUAACAAGACGGCUGAAGAUUUGAGAGCUAAGCUGGAAGAAGCACUCGCGAAACCAGUUCCAGUUGUGGAUGAGGCGCAGAUAAAGGAUCUCGAGCAGAAGAAUCACGAUCUCGAUGCCAAGAACAAAGAACUAUUGGAGAAGUUGAAGAAAUUUGCAGCCAAUCUGAAGAAAAAGAACGUCCAGUGUCAAGAGUUGGAAGGAAAGCUGGCAUCGCUGCAGCAAGAGCUGGAAGAGUUAAGGAAGUUAGCUGCUGCAGGGAUGUCUGUGGAUGAUUUGAAGGAAGAGAACGAACAGCUGUCACAGAAGAUGCACCAUCUGAACAACGAACUGCACAAGUUGCUCCAGCUGAAGUACAAUCUGGAGACGGAGAAACAAGCGGCUCAGCAUGAAACUUUGGAGCUGAAAGAACGAGUACAAGCGAUGGAAGCUAAUGUGAAGGAGUUGGAAGAGAAACGGCAGGAAGUGGAAAGCCAAUUAGCCGAGCAGCAGAAAGAGCUGGAGACGGUUCGGGCCGAUGAUGCGUCGAAGAAUGUGAAGAUCGAAAAGUGCAAAGCAAUCAUCAAGGAGAAGAACAAGGAGAUUCAGCGGUUGCAGGAGCACGAGAGGAAGACGUCCUACCUGCAGGAUGAAAUCAAGAUGGCGCAGAGCAAGUUGGAGGACUUCCACAAUCAGACGAUGUUGCUCGGAAGGUUGAAGGCGGACAAGGAGGAACUGAAUGCGGAGAUGAAGAUACAAGUCGAGCGGUGUCAAGCGUUGGAGGAGGAAGUGUGCCAAGGCGCGGAGAAAUUGCGCAAGUUGGAGGUCGAUUUGGAGAUCAGCGAAGAGGAGAACAAGAAGCUGAAGAGUAAGAUAGUGAAGUUGGAACAGGGAAUAUCGCUGGUGGAGGAGCGGAGGAAUUCUCUGGAACGACAGAAGAAGCUGCUUGGGGAUAAACUGGAUGAGAAACAGCAGGAGUUCAUACAGCAUGAGGAUGAGCUGAUGCAGCGCUUGGCGAAUCUUUCGCAGCACGAUGAAGCAGUUGAAGGCAAACUGAAGGAGAAGGAAGAGGAACUUCUAGAGCUGGGAAGCAAGCUUCGGGACGUGGAAUACCAGAGGGAUCAGCUUCAGUCAAAGCUGAAUCAACUGGAAGCGCAGAUUGGUGCGUUCGAGGAAAGUUUCAAGCGUGCCUCCGAGCUGGAGAACGAGAACUACAAUCUAACUCAGGAAGUUGCAGCGCUGCAAGCGGAAGUUAAGCGAGUGCUGGCGGAGUCCGAGGCGAAGGUCUUGGAGAAGGAUUCCGAGAUCGAUCAGCUGGAGUACGAAUUGACCAAUCAGCUGUCGAAGAUUGAGGAUGAGCGCAAGCAGCUGCAGGAGAAUCUAGAGCGGACGCGGGACAGCAAUUCGGACUUGCAGGAUGAAGUUGUUCGUCUGCAGGAGAAUGUGAACUCUCUGGAACAGCAGCGAACGGAUUUGGAGAAGGAAACUACGUGGUUGAAGAUGCAGAAUGAGAGCCUAAAUCAUGAUAGCAACGAACUGCAGGAGCUUCGCAUGCAGAUCGUGCAAGAUCAGACCGAGUUGGAGAAUUUGAGGGCCCAGUGCGACACCCUGGCGCAGAAUCAUCAGUAUGAGAUCAAUGCGCUGAAGCAGCAGAUUGCCGAUAUGGAGGCCAUUCGGACGCAACUGAGUCAGAAUCAGACCGACGAUCAGGUGUCUGUGCAGAACGAGGUGACUAAGCUGAAGGAACGACUCGACAAGAAGGAAGCUGAAGUCGCUCAACUUCAGCAGAAGAAUCUGCAGAUGCAGAUGACUGCGAGCGGUGGUCAGGCGGAAGAUCCUUUCUCGAGUUUGCAGGCAACUCCCGAAAGAUCGACCGCCGCCUUGGAGGAGAAGAUCAGGGAACUGGAGAACGACGCCACCUGGAAGGAUUCUCGGAUACAGGAGUUGCAGAUCGAGAAGGAUUUGGCCGAUGGAAGUUUGGAGGAGUUGAGGAAGCAACUUCAGUUGCUUCAGCAAAAUGUGCAGAACAGUGAGGCUUUGGAAGCGCAACUCGCACAGAAGAGCUCCGAACUGGAACAGCUGAGUAAGCAGUUGUUCCAAACGGUUCCGGCGAAGAAACCGGUUCAAGAGGUCGAAUCUAUUCCAACCUUCAGUACUUCGCAAUUCUUCGCCGCACCAAGCGAGUCCAGUGCGGUGACGUUGUUCGACACGGCAGGCGAAGGCUGGGGUUGGGAUGAACCGGUAGCUGUUCAGCAACAAGUAGCAACAUCGGCGUCCGAGCAAUCGAAUGAACUGCAAAUGCUGCGAGAUGAAAUCGAGCAGUUGAAGGCACGAAACGAAGCUGCCGCCAAGGAGGUUCAAGAGUUGCAGGGCAGGUUAGGAACGGUUGUGGAUCGCGAUAGUGAGUACCAGCAACUGAAGGACGAGGUUGACAUCCUGCGAUCGCAGAACGCUUCGUUGAAUCAGGAAGUCGACGAGAAAGCAGCAAGACUGAAGAGCGUAGCGCAAUCGCUGCUGGAAGAGCAGGUGAAGGUUAGUCAACUGGAGGAGCAGUUGCACAGCAAUGAGUCAGCUGUAGUGGCGCCAUCCGUGUCGUCAUUUUUUGCCGAUUCAGCAUCGCAGGGUCCCGUCUUUGAGGACUUGAUCGUGCCCAAGAAGGCUUAUAUGUGCACGCCAAGUGCGUCGGAAGAACGCGAGGAAUGGUCCGUGGAAGAACCUGCAGUGGUGUCGACGGCUGCAACCUCUCAGCAUGCCGUUGGCUUCAUGAGCAAGAUGGACGACCGAGAGCUGGAGAACCUUCGCGAACAGAGCGAGCUACAGCUCAAGACAAUCCGCGAACAGGAUGAGAAGUUGCGCGAAUCCGGUCAGCAAUAUACGACGGCGCAAUCGACUGUCGAACGACUGCAGCAAGACCUGAGUCAACUUCAGCAACGGUACGCCGAACUGGAAGCUCACCUUCAAGCCACCAUUGCAUCACAUCAGACCGAAUUGGAGGGCAAGAUGGCCGCCUUGGCCGAGCAAAACGACGAAUUCCUCCAACUAAAGGAUGAAAUCGACAUCCUGCGGGCACAGAACGCCUCACUGAGCUACGAGUUGGAUGAAGCGACCGCCAAGCUCAAAAACUUGGCGCAGUCGUUGCAGGAGGAACAAUUGAAGGUCUGUCAGUUGGAAGAGCAGCUUCACAGUAAGGAAUCUGCCGUUGCGGCACCCUCGGUGUCCUCGUUCUUCGCCAACUCCGGUGCCCAAGAACCAGUUUUUGAAGAUCUAGUCGUACCGAAGAAGGCAUACUUGUGCACUCCAAGCGCUUCAGAAGAACAGGACGAUUGGUCUGUGGAGAAGCCCAUGGUGAUGUCAACCAUGGCACCGUCCCAGCGUUCUGCUGGAUUGGUGGAAAGUGUUGACCUUCAAGAGCUGGCUAAUCUCCGCGAGCUGAACGAACAGCAAAUGAAGCAGCUUCGCGAACAAGCCGACCAACAUUCCCAAACACAGGCGAACGUAGAGCAACUACAACAAGAACUGAGCCAACUUCAGCAACGUUACGCACAGCUGGAAGGCCACCUCAACACGACUCUAGCUUCGCACCAAAUCGAACUGGAAGCCUUACGUAACCACCAAACCCAACAAAACAGCCAAAGCCAAGAGGAACAGAAAAAGCUGAAGGACGAGCUGAAUCAUCUGAUGCAACGGAAUCAGGCCCUUGAGCAAGAUCGCGAUGCCUAUCUACAGCUCCAGGACGAACUGGACAUCCUCAAGGCACAGAACGCCUCACUCCGGCAGGAAGUCGAUGAGAAGUCCGAUCGCAUCAAGCGGGUCUGUCACACUCUAACCGAGCAGGAGACCCGCGUAUCCGACCUUGAGGAACAGCUCGCCACCCGAGACCAGCAUCCACCUUCGACCGCUGCCUUCUUCGGAGGCCAGCAACAACCUCCGGCAGCUGCCGUUUUCGAAGAAAUCAUCACGCCCAAGAAAGCGUACGAGGUCGAACCAACCCCAUCUUCCGCUAUCCAACUGGAGGACGAUUGCUGGGGCGCCGAGGAAGCUGCCCUGGAAGAGAAGCAUCAGCAAACGUCAAGCGUUGCGCUGGAGCGUCGAAUCUCCGAGAAGGACGACUACAUUCGGCAGUUGGAGAUGGAGAAGGAGCGACUGCUGCAGGAGAUUGUCGAACUGAAGGUCAAAUCGGGCAAGUUGCUGAAGAAGCUCAAGGAGUACAAGACCAAGAGCGAGACGUUGCAGCGACGUUCGGCAUCGAUGGAAACCAGUGAGCUUGAUCUGGCCAUCCAGGAGGAGCUCAACGCCCAAAUCAAGACACUGGAAGGGCGAUUGAGUGAACUGCAAGCCGAACGAGAGAAGGAAUCCGCGGAGAAGGAUUCACUGCUGAAGCGAAUCGACGUCUUGGUGGCCGCCAACGAACGGUUCACCGAGAUGAAGGAACGGCAGGACGUGCAGAUGGAAAUCCAAGUGGCCAAGAUCAAGGAGUUGAACAUGAAGCUGCAGCAGUUGGAGGAUUGGGGCGAUGAGAGCGAACAGAAGGAAAGUAAACCGGUCCAACAAGUGCAAUCGGAAGCGGUGGAUGUUGCUCCCCUUAACGCUCGAAUCCAAGAGCUGGAGAGAGAAGUUCAAGACCUCAAAGUAGACAACGAGGAACUGCAAGCGCUCUUAGAUGAAGAAAAAGCCAACGUCGAAAUACUGGAAAAGCGAGUGCAGCAGAAAGACCGCGAAAUCCAAGAUCUCAUCGAGAAAAUCGACCUACUCUCGCAGGAUUCCCAAACCAUCAAGACCAACCUGGAGAGCUUGAACCAACAGAAAUCACAGGAAACUGAAGACCUGAGCACGCGACUCAAGCAACUGAUGAGCAAGAACACCGAACUGACCCAACAAAUCGAAAAAAUGCGCACCGAAAGUCUGUUCCAAUCGCCCGAGCAGGAGGCGAAGCUUCAGGAGCAGGUACAACGAUUGAGCGCUCAGCUGCAGUACAAGGAAGCGGAGAUCGUCCACUUGGGCGAACGCAUCGAGCAGCAAGCGAGGGAAGAUCAAACCCAGUCGCUUGUCCAAGAAAUUCUCGCGAAGAACCAGGAGAUCAACAACCUCAAAUCGCGAGUGCAGCAGCUGGAAGCCGAACGGCAAGAGUUGCAGCACAACCUGACCCUGCAGAUCACCAAGGAGCUCGCAUCCAGCAGGCCAGACGAGAAGCAGAGUCCUCGCGUCAGCGAACUGGAGCGACUCAAUCGGGAGUUGCAAGAGGAGAAGCAUCAGAUGGAGCAGGAACUCCAGGUUCUGAAUGAUCAGGUUCUGCGCAGUCUAGAGCUGGAAGAUCGCAUGAAGGGUACGGUACUGGAGCUGGAUGCGAAGAACAUCGAAAUCGAAGCUCUGAAGACGUCGUUGGAGCUGUUGAAGCAGGUCAGCGAGGCAAGCGGUGAAAGCGCAAGCAGCUCAGAGCAGUCCACACCAACGGCGGGAAAGAGCGAAGAAGAUCUGCGGAAACAAAUCAAGAAGCUGAGCAGAGAGCGUAGCGAGUUAGAGGCGAACUACCGAAUAACGCUGGAACAAAGGGACGCUCACUGGUCGCAGGUUGUGGAGGAACGCGGCGCGCAGGUGGCCGAGAGCUGGAAGCAACACGUGGACAUGCGGGAAGCCGAAUUUUCUGUGAUCGAAAAGAGCUUGAGGGAAGAGAUCGAUCGGUUACAGGGCGACGGUUCAGAAACCCCGAGCAGCUCGGAACAAUCUGAAGCCGUGCAGAACAUGAAGGCAGCUCUGGAAGCGCAGGAACUGGAAAUCGUCACGCUGAAGGAACAGUUGGCAAUCCGAAGUGCCGAGUAUGCGCGCCUGGCUGCGCAAGUGGAUCCGUUCGCGGUGAAACAUGCCAGCAAUAUGGUGACCAGUGAGCCAAGGCCGCAACCGGCGGCGCAGGAUGGCGACAAGGUUCCCCGAUCGGAACUGGAGCUGGCGCUGUACAUGAUCUACCAGCGGGAUAUGCGAUGCGAGGAGUUGGAACUGGAGCUGCGAAAUCUGCUGACGGAGCGGGACUCUUUGCAACUGCGACUGUCGAAUGCGCUGCGGCAGCACGAGGAGUUCAAGCGGAAGUUGACGGCGGUGCCGGGAGCAGAACCAUCCGGCGAUUCGGCCAGUGACGUAUCGAAAACGACCACCCCGGAAAAGUCCCUGCAGCAGAUCGUCCAGGAGUCGGGCAUAAGUGCCGCUGUAUCAACGACUGCCUCUGCCACCGGCGCCGGUCAAGUGUCGGACCUGAGCAGCAAACUCUCCGAGUUGCACUCGAUCGACCACGGACGGGACAAGCGGGUGCAGGAGGAACGGGAAGAGCGCCACCGGCAGAUGACCCUGAUUCAGCGCGACCUGGCCCACAUGCCACUGGAGGCGGCGGCCAAAAUCGCCGGAACCAAUAUCUCUCAAACCGAAUCGUCGCCCCAGCAGCCGCAAAGCGCCUCAUCCGUACUGAUCAACUGGAUACUGGGCAAGAAGUCCGAUUCCUAAAGCACUCUUCGAGUCGAUUCCAAGAUGAUUCCUAGCAGCCUCUACAUCGUAAGGUUCAAAAAUAGCUCUUAGUCACUCGCCGUGCACGUGGAAGAUUCCUUUCCAGUGGCAUGGCGCAUUUAUCCAGUAGGAAACCGAUUUUAAACAAGCACAGUUCCGAAAGGAUGCCUGCAAGGGUACAAGUCGUAAGUUACACAAACACUUAUUGAAUUCAGUGAUAGCGAACGAAUGACCGACAACCGACGUCGACGAUGACGAUGACCCCGAACGAAGUUCGGUGAAGCACCUUUUCCGCGUUUGGCAGAAAUUUCUUCACCCCUCUUUUAUAGUGUGGACCCCCUACAAGACUCGCCCCGAUCCUCGGAAUCCCCUUUCUUAUCUACCGUCAAACAGUUUCUGUCUUCGACACAACCAUCUUUAACAAGACUAUUGUGGCGUAGAAGAUCGGUUGUUGCUGAGUGCCCCCAUACUUGGGAGCGGUUAAUUGCAGGGAUGAAUGUUUGUUGAAAGGUGUUCGCAAUUGGACCAUAGCCAAAUCGUUAGGUAGUGGAAUUUAAUAGUCAUUUCGUUACUUUGAUUUGUGUUCUCAAUGUUCUCCCUAAGCAAAUUUAGUUAAUUUUUCCGUUGUAAAAAUUGCAUUUGUCUAAUACAUACUUAAAAGUGGUAAAUUCCAACAAGAUUCUUUAGUUUGUUUUUUUUUAUUGUAUAUAAAAGUUUAACCAACCACCGCACCUAAAACAUGUUUUUUGUGAUUGUUUUAUACCAUACGUGCAAAUUGCCGUAUAACGAAAUCUAAAUCCUAUAUAAAUCGAUGUGUAUUAUUGGCCAGGAAGGAAGAAACUUAGAAAAUUAAAAACCAAACUGUCUGAAAUGUUA